ACCGGCAGCCCGCAGAGCCACGGUGGUCACAGCUGUCGCCUCCCGCAGCCAGGUGGCUGAGGUCGGCCCUGACAUGCCCCUGUGUCUCUCCCCCUCCAGGCUCGACGGGCCGCACCUCAGCUUUCUGUACCCAGAUGGCGUCUUCUACGACCUGGACAGCUGCAAGCACCCCGGCUACCCGGACUCAGAGGGGGCUCCGGACUCCCUGUGGGGCUGGACCGAGGCCCCGCCUGUCCCCGCCACCCCCUACGAAGCCUUCGACCCGGCAGCGGCCUCCACCUUUGGCCACCCCCAGGGCCCCCAACUCUGCUACGGCCCUUCCGCCUAUGGCCCUGCAGGGACCCUGGAGCCGGCCCCCAGCCUGGAAACGCCGGGGCCCGGCCUCCCCGCGUACCCUACGGAGGACUUCACCGGCCAGACCCUAGGCCCCCUGGCGUUCGCCCCGUACCCCAGCCCAUUUCUGUCGGAGGAGGAGGAGCUGCUGCUGAACAGCCCCGCCCUGGAGGUCUCGGACAGCGAGUCCGACGAGGCCCUCGGGGGCAGCCCCGAGGGGAGGGGCUCCGAGGCAGGUAGGUGGGGACGCAGGUGCCGCCCUGGGGACGGGCGGAGGGCUCCUUUGGCUGUGAGAGCCGUGUGGCCUUGGAGGAGCGCCCUGCCGCUCUGGGCCUUGCUUUGCAGUCUGCACACCGGCACUGCUGUCCCCAUCCCGCCUCGGUGGGAGCACCCACAGACGCCCGCGCAGAAGCCCCGGGAGCGGGGAGCUUUGCAUCACAGGACCGGGUGGGAGCACCCACAGACCACUGCAGGAGGGGCGCUGUCAGCAGCCCUAGCCCUGUGCACGUAUUGGGGGCCGGGAACGCGGAUCUUCUCUAGUCUGAGUUCUCAUCGUCGGACCGGCGAUCUCCUAGUCGUUCCUGGGGCCCUCUGGGACCCCUCUGUGGUUUCCACGCUCCGUGCCCCACUAGAUCCCUUUGUCAUCUUUGAGAUCCCCGAAUUCUCUGGAACCACUCUGUUUUCAGCUUUUUGUGUCUAG